AAUUUAAAGUAAGCAACAACAACAACAACAACAAACUGCCACGAAAAAUGUUGCGUUUAAGAGCGCUCAUCGUGAUCGUUGCGUUGGUUGUGGCAGGCGCGCGUGGCGCCACCACCAGCAGCGGCAACAUCCUCGUCAGCGACGAGAACAACAUGUUGCGCGAUGCCCAAACAGCCGGCAGCACGGCUCCAAUUGCAACGGCAACGGCAACGGCAGCGGCGCCCGCCUCAUCCAGCGUGGAGCUGCUGCGCUUUGUGAACGAGGACGAGGACAACAACGAAUUGGAGCUGCUGUCCGGUGGCAAGGAUGAGCAGGAUGCGGAUGCGGAUGCCACCGAGAAGAAUCUGAAACUGGGCGAUCAGGUGCGACUGCUAACGAAGCAAUUGAAUGCGCUGAUGACGCGGCGGCGCGAGGAUUACGAAUUGCUCGAACAUAAUUUACGCAAAUCCCUGAGGCUCACCACGGACGCGGCCAGCGUCGAUGCGGAUAUGCGCAGCGAAUUGGACCAAUUGAGACGCGAAAUGCAAACGCUGCGCGCCACCCACAGCGGCAACAAAGAACGCCUCACCGUCGAGUGGCUGCAGCAGUCCAUAUCGGAGAUACGCAAACAGCUGGUGGAGCUGCAGCGCACCGCCGGCAGCGUGGCCAAGGAUGUGCGCCAUGGCGGCGCCGCCUACGAGGACCUGGCGACCAUACGCAACGACUAUCAGCAGCUGAAGCUGGAGCUGGCCGCACAGCGUGAGCGCCAACAGCAAACGGAGGUGAUUGUUCAAGAGCUGCGCGAGGAGCUCCUGCAGCAGGAGCAGGAAUACAAACAUGACCUGAAUAGGCAGCAGCAGCAGCAACAGCAACAGCAAAGGCAGCUAAAUGCCAAUGCAAUUGCCAAGGAACAGCAGACGGAGCAGUCGGCCAGCAUUGAGGAGGAUAGCAGCAGUCAGGAAAGCAGCCAGGAGUCGAAAUCGCAGUCGAGCAGCGAACUGGCGGACCACAGACGUCGCCACUGUCGCUUCCAGCAGGAGCAGAUCCACAAUUUGCAGCUGGCCCAGCGCAGCUUGCGCCGGCAGAUGAACGAGCUGAAAUACCAUCACAUUGACGAGCGAGUGCGCAGCAUUGAGCUGGAGCAGCACCGCAUUGCGAAUGCCAAUUUCAAUUUGAGCCGUCAGAUAGCGACGCUGGACAAGCUGCACACCUCGAUGCUGGAGCUGCUCGAGGAUGUUGAGGGACUGCAAAGUAAAAUGGACAAGAACAUACCCGAGCUGCGACACGAGAUAUCCAAGCUGGAGUUUGCCAAUGCCCAAAUCAGCUCCGAACAGAAUUUGGUCCGAGAGGAAGGCAAAAAUUCCGCACGUUCCCUGCAGGCGAUGGCCGUCAGCGUCAGUGCGCUGCAGGAGGAACGCGAGGGAGUUAGAAAGUUGGUCAGCACAGUGGAGCAACUACAGACGAAUGUGGAUCGCAUUCAAUCACUGGUCAACAAUGAGCUGCACAAUAAGCUUUCGCACCUCAACAAGCCGCACAAGCGUGCACACCAUCAAAAGCCACAACAACAACAACAACAAUCAGCGCAAUUGACGGAUUUGCGCACAGAUAACGAACUGGCCGAAACUCUGGUGGCUGAGCUGGAGAAUGUGGAGGCACAGUACGAGGCGAUUGUGAAUAAACUGCCGCAGGACUGCAGCGAGCUGUCGACGCAUGUGGAUGGACUGCAUUUAAUAGCGCCCGCUGGCCAGCAUCAUCCACUGAUGACGCACUGUGACGCGAACGGCUGGACGACGGUGCAGCGUCGCUUCGAUGGCAGCGCCGAUUUCAAUCGCUCGUGGGCCGAUUAUGCCCAGGGCUUUGGCACGCCAGGUGGCGAAUAUUGGAUUGGCAACGAGCAGCUGCAUCAUCUGACGCUGAACAACUGCACCCAGUUGCGCAUCCAAAUGCAGGAUAUCUACGAUAACAAUUGGGUGGCCGAGUAUAAGCAUUUCUAUAUCUCGUCGCGUGACGAUGGCUAUAGACUGCAUAUCGGCGACUAUAGCGGCAAUGCGUCCGAUGCGCUCAACUAUCAGCAGGGCAUGCAGUUCUCGGCCAUCGACGACGAUCGCGAUAUAUCACAGACGCACUGUGCUGCUAACUAUGAGGGUGGCUGGUGGUUCUCUCAUUGCCAGCACGCCAAUCUCAAUGGCCGCUAUAAUCUUGGCCUGACUUGGUUCGAUGCCGGUCGCAAUGAAUGGAUUGCGGUCCGCUCGAGCCAAAUGCUGGUCAAGCGUCUGCCCAGCGAUGUGUGUGCGCCGAGCAGUAGCAAUGAUGCAGCAGCAGCAGCAGCAGCAGCAGCAGCAAUUGCCGCGACAACAACAGCAACAACGGCAACGCCAGUGGUGCCAAGCACAAGGCCAACCACUGUGGUGCAGUUUGUUGCCGCUGCGCAGGCGUAAGCAAACAGUUAGCUGAGCGAAAAAAAAAAAAUAAAGAAAACUAAAAGCGAAAUAGAGAAUAAAACAGCUACAGUGAACCACCAGAGCCAUGCCUACUAUAGUUUGGAGUGCGUGCGUGUGAAACGCGCAAAAAAAAAAAUAGAAAAUGAAAACUCAAUAUAUAUAUAUAUAUAUAAAUAUAUAUGCGUAUAUAUAUAUAUAUGUGUGUAUGUGUAAAAAUUAACAUAAAGAAAGCACGUUUAGCCUCGUGCUGCGUGCGCUUCUUUUGUACAUAGCGAAUUCUUGUCUAAGUUGUAGUUAAUACUAUUUCAAUGGAGCUUACUAGCCUCGUCAAACACAAAGCCGAUGAUGAAGAGAAGCAGAGCAUUGUGCUUAACAAUAUACUGUACACUAGGCGUAUGCGUAAUCUAGCUAUAGAAUUUAUCAACAUGGAAAUAUGCAGCCACACAAAAAAAAAAA